AUGUCAACAAACCCCUCAAUCAUCUUCCACCAGGGACUUCGAUGCACAAAGGUCUUGCGACAACCAAGAGCAACCGAUAGCUCUGGAACCACAACUGAAACAAACCCCCCAUCUACUACCAGCGAGCCGUCAUCUACUACGGACGCAUCUACGGAAGACACAACGUCUCAACACACUCAUCAUAACCAACACACGUCCAGUGAAAGCACCACGUCUAUUACGACCGGGGUAGCAAUAACUACGACCACCUCAGACCCGGAGACAGAGUCAUUCCUACCAAGCCAAACGACUAGCCAAAAACCAGGGUUGCAUCCCUCGGGGCUGGAUUCCUCUGUCUCUCACACUACUUUUGCUACCGAGACCCCUACGACACCGCAGUCUACUCCAUCCUCCGAACCUAUUGGCUUUGAAUCUGACAAUGAACCGGCCGGUCAUCCUCCAUACGCCAAAAUAUUUGGCGCCCUGUUCGGUGUUCUGGGGUUUAUAGCGUUGGUCGCAAUAAUCAUACUUUUCUUUCUUCGCCGCCGAUCUCGCCGAAAAUCAGCCGGGGCACAAGACGACCGCGCCUCUGCAAACUCAAGAACAGGUCUACGACGAGAUUUCCGAUCUCAAAUGUCUUACCUUUCGGGUCCGUCUCCAACGCCCUCGGCUAUUCUAAACCCCGGCAAUACACAAUAUGCCCAUAACAAGCAGAGUCAAAUAUCUUCUCGCUACUCCAAUUACUCUGACCCAUUCUCAGACACGGCAGAGGUCCACGGCGGAUUAAACAGCGCUGUCGUGCCUAUUAUAAUACAGGACUCUCCCACAAUUCCCAAUAAUAGUGAAGGCCUUGCGCGACCUGCAGAGCCGUGCGCCACAAAUAGGGAUUCUGUCCACAGCGGAACAAGCCUGGGAAGCACCCUCGUUCUUCCCAGUCGAAACAGCCUAGGGAGCGAUUUCCCAUCUAGUCCAUCUUUACCGAGGUCACCAGGCAGUGGCCCGGCCACUUCUCAGUUAAGGCCGAUUGCGCGGACGGUUAACACGCGGCGCGGCUCGUUUGAUUUGGAUAGUGCUCAAAAUACAAUAUCUAGGAGGAGCUCGGGGGCCAUGCCGAGCGGGUUAUUAUAA